AUGGCAAAGGAACCCAAAAUCGUCCCCAUUGCCAAUUGGCGGACAAACGCGAAUGGCCACCUAACAACAGAUACCAAAGGGGACGACAAAACCGACUAUGCGAGGUGGAGGCUACACGAUAACGAAGGCCGGUUAACUUGGCGCUAUUUGGAAAGUGAUGAAGGAAAUGAGAAAUGGCCCCAAACCUUCUACGAUAAAUACCAUCUUGGACUUCUAACUGGUGCCCCGGAGCUGCCAAAAGCGAAGACUCCGUUGGACGCAGCAGCCAAUGGCCUGGAAUUCUUCUCCAAACUGCAGAUGCCAAGUGGACAUUGGGCCUGCGAGUAUGGUGGCCCUAUGUUUCUUUUACCAGGUGUGGUCAUCACUUGGUAUGUCACCAAUACACCCAUACCUCCUGAGUAUGCGGUAGAAAUCAAGCGAUAUCUCUUUGCCCGGCAGAAUCCGGAUGAUGGCGGCUGGGGACUUCAUAUUGAAGGACAUAGCUCGGCCUUUGGUACGGUAAUGACGUACGUAACUCUCCGUCUGCUGGGAACCAGUGAAGAAGAUCCUAGAAUGAUCAAAGCACGAGGGCUCGCUCACAAGCUUGGGGGCGCACUUUACGCGCCCCAUUGGGGGAAAUUCUGGCUUUCUAUUCUGGGUGUCAUGGACUGGAGCUGCGUUAACCCAGUCCCUCCAGAGCUUUGGCUACUGCCGGAUUGGGUACCAAUAGCUCCUUGGAGAUGGUGGAUUCACAUGCGCAUGGUGUUUUUACCAAUGUCCUUUUUGUGGUCGAAGAGAUGGUCCUUUCCAGAAAAUAAAAUGACAAAACAGCUCAAAAGUGAGAUCUACACGCAGCCUUAUGAAAGUAUCAACUUUGCUUCACAUCGCAACUCUAUCGCUAAAGAGGACAACUACUAUCCAAAGACAUGGUUUCUCAACAUGAUCAAUGCAUUUCUGGUAAAUGUAUGGAUGCCUGUGUUUCGUCUGCCCUCUAUAGUCAAAAAGGCCGAAGACUGGGCAUGGGAAUUGAUUCGAAUGGAGGACGAGAACACAGAUUAUGCGGGACUUGCUCCUGUCAGCAAUCCUAUGAACUUCGUAGCUUGCUACGUUCACGACGGUGAGGGGAGUGAAUCAGUGAGGAAACAUCGCGAGACCCUCCAUGAAUACCUGUGGAUGAAAAAUGAGGGUAUGCUUUGCAAUGGCACCAACGGCGCUCAAGUCUGGGACACGGCAUUUAUUACACAGGCCAUUUCUGUGGCUGGGUUUGCGGAUGUGCCAAAAUGGCGACCCAUGUUGACCAAGGCUCUUGAGUUUCUGGACAAUCACCAGCUCCGAGAAAAUGUCCCUAAUCAAGACAAAUGUUAUCGUCAACAUAGAAAAGGGGCUUGGCCUUUCAGCAAUAAACUUCAGGGCUAUACUGUGAGCGACUGCACUGCAGAGGGACUUCGAUCGACUUUGCAGCUUCAGGAGAUCUAUGGAUAUCCCAGACUUAUCUCUGCGGAUCGCUUGAAAGACUCUGUUGAUUGUCUCCUUUUAUUGCAGAAUGACACCGGUGGCUUUAGUGAAUAUGAGAGCAGACGUGGUUCCCCUCAUUUGGAGUGGCUUAAUGCAGCAGAGGUGUUUGGAGGAAUCAUGAUCAGUUACGAUCACGUCGAGUGUACGACUGCAUCCAUCACCGCGCUAUCCCUUUUCAGCAGAUUCUAUCCGGACUAUCGAGUUGAAGAGAUAAAAGCUGCAAAGCACAAGGCGGUGGAAUAUAUCAAGCGUGUCCAGAAGAAAGAUGGAAGCUGGUAUGGAGCGUGGGGUAUCUGCUUCACGUAUGCAGCCAUGUUUGCGCUCGAAAGUCUCUCGAGCAUUGGAGAAACGUACAGCACGAGCGAAUAUUCCCGUCGUGGGUGCGAGUUCUUACUUAGUAAACAAAAGGAAGACGGUGGCUGGGGAGAGUCAUAUCUCAGCAGCGAAAAACAUGUCUACAUCCAGCACGAGAUGUCUCAAGUUGUCCAGACAGCUUGGGUGUGUCUGGCUCUGCUGGAAGCUGAUUACCCUGAUCCGGAACCUAUCCGUAGAGGAAUCAAGCUUCUAAUGUCCCGACAACAAGCGAACGGAGAGUGGCUUCAGGAGGCAAUCGAAGGCGUCUUUAAUAUGUCUUGCAUGAUUUCAUAUCCAAACUACAAGUUCUACUGGCCUAUUCGAGCAUUGGGUCUUUACUCUCAAAAGUUUGGCAAUGAGGCUUUGUUUUAAGUUGAUUGCUAGCUGUUAUUAUGCUCGGGUUCUCUCAUGAUGUCUUAUAUGACCUUAUAAUACUAAUAUAAUCAUGAUUCUGAUAAUUCC